AUGACGAGUCGAAUAAAGGAAGAUGAGAAAAAUGAACGAAUUAUUCGAGGUCUCCUCAAACUUACACCGAAUCGAAGAUGCAUUAAUUGCAACAGCUUGGGACCGCAAUAUGUAUGCACAAAUUUCUGGACGUUUGUUUGCACAAGCUGUAGUGGAAUACACCGAGAAUUUACUCAUAGAGUAAAAUCAGUUUCCAUGGCUAAAUUUACUGCACAAGAAGUUAGUGCACUUCAAGAAGGAGGAAAUCAGCUUGCAAAAGAAAUAUUUUUUAAAGAAUGGGAUCCGCAAACUCAUUCUUUACCUGAUAGCAAUAAUGUUGACAGGCUUCGGGACUUCAUCAAGCAUGUUUACGUAGAUAAGAGAUUCACUGGCGAGAAGUCCUAUGACAAACCUCCGAGAGCACAGGGUGACAAAGAUGAUUCCUAUGAAAACAGGAGAACGGAGACGUAUCAGGGAGGACGUAAAAGCCCUCCGUAUGAGGACACAUAUGAACGUCGUUACAGUGACAGGUCUAGUCCGGGUGGAAGAAGUCCUGGCUAUGAUCAAGAAAGGCAUUAUGCCAAUGAUAAAAGAAGCCCUGGUCGCCCUCCAAUAAUCAACGAUUGGCGUCGGGAAGAUAGGUUUGGGGAUGGAAGGAAAUUUGAAGAUCGUAGAAUAUCCGACGGAGGUAAUAAGAUGGAAAGUCAAUCUCCUGAGCGAGCCAAAGACCCGGGUUCUUCAAGCCCACUACCUGUUGUCCGACCUGUUAGAGAAAUUUUGGGAGAAAAUGUAGUACCUCUACGAAUUAGUGAACCUCCCAAAGCAAACAGUGGACAGGCUGCUAAUGGCUCAGGACUCACACAGAGAACGGCGUCUUCCAGUAGCUUGGCAUCCAGUAAUGGAACCCAAACAGAAGUUAAGCUUGAGACUAUCCGGAGCCUUAUUGAUUUUGAUGAUAUUCCUGAACCACCUACUGCUCCAGCAAUUCCUCAAGCCACACCAACUACCGUGGCUCAACUUGCGAAUCCAACAAAUUCUGGGGAUAGCAAUUGGGCCUCCUUUGAUGUUGCACCUGUGGUAAAAGCAUCUCAGGGUCUUUCAAAUGUAAAUCCGCUUGAAUCUAUGCUGUCCCAGUUGUCUGUUCCAUCAUCCUUACCUGCUCACCUUUCCGGAGCCCAAGGGCCUUUGGCAGGAUCAGCUCCAGCUGCGAGCAGCUUCACAACUUUCCCAGCCAGUGUUGCUUCAUUAACAUCUUCUGGAUUGACAACCUCACCACCCUUCAAUGAUGCAGGCCAGUGGCAUAGUUUGCAGUAUCAGCAACCGCAACCUUUGUACACAUCUACUGUUGGUCAGCCUACUAUUCAACAAUCUACCCCACCAGUAAAUGGAGCUUUCAAUUAUCAGCCCUGGAAUACAUCUUCUGUACCCAUGACACAGGGGCAUCCAAGCACCUUAGUGCCACAUGCGUCAAAGGUUGUCAAUGAGGAAAAAUAUAGUGUUGCUUCACAAACUUAUACUGUAGACAUAAAACCAAGUGGAAGAAAUGAACUUCCUGAGGAUCUAUUCACUGUAAAAUAUUCACCCUUCCCUGCUCCAGUCCCAGGCUGGCAAAUGGGUGCACCACCUGGCAUGGGUGUCUCAGUUCAAUAUAAUAAUGUGAUGUCCAUACCGAGUUUCCCACAACCAUCAAAAUCUACAAAUCCAUUUGAUGUGGUCAAUCAACCAACUCCGGUUCAAGCCCCAACAUUCCCUUCUAUGUCAUCUUUGCAAGGUGCUCUGCCUAGUGUAAUACCUUCAGCUACAAUGCACCCUUCAAACAUGGCUAAUCAGUCUCUUGCCUGGAAUCCACCAUCCUCAUUAUCAUAUGCACCAAUGCCGCCUCUACAAGCACACACUCUUACCCCGGCAAUGAGACCGAGGGCAUACAUGGAACAACAAAUGGCCACUAACGUGACAAUGCCAAGUCAUCAAGGAAUUGGGAGUUUUGGUACCGAGGGAGCUCCUUUUGGAUUCUCUAAUAUAGAUCAGCAGCUGCAUGGUAGGUUGCCAGCCUCUGCUGCCUCAAAGCCCUUCCCUGCAGGGGGUAAUCCUUUUGGAUGA